GGAGCGGCUGCGGGGAGCGGCGGGCGGCCGGGCCAGCAUGCAUCCCCGCCCGCUGCCGCUGCCCUAGCGGGAUUACCGAGCCAGCUGCCAGCAUGAUUUCAUCUGCUGGAGGAUUUUUGCAUCUGAUCGCUUGAAGGUUUUGUUGUGUGUGUUUUUUUUUUUUCUUCCUCCUUUUUUUUUUUUUUUCCUCCCUCUGUCUUUGUUUCCUUCCCCCCUUUUUCCCCCCCCUUCCCCUCCCUCCGUCCCCCCUUUCCUCCUCCUCCUCUUUUUUAGAAGCAGCAAUCGGAGAUGGAUGUCUCUCUUUGCCUUACCAAGUGCACUUUCUGGAGGGUAUUUUUGCUCUGGAGCAUUUGGGGAGACUAUCUGCUUUCGGUGCUGGCUUGCCCUGCUAAUUGUCUUUGCAGCAAGACAGACAUCAAUUGCAAGAAGCCGGAUGAUGGGAACCUCUUCCCUCUCUUGGAAGGGCAGGAUUCAGGCAGCAGCAAUGGCAACACGAGUAUCAAUAUCACGGACAUCUCAAGGAACAUCACUUCCAUACACAUAGAGAACUGGAAGAACUUGCAGACGCUGAACGCUGUAGACAUGGAGCUGUACACGGGACUUCAGAGGCUGACAAUCAGGAACUCAGGACUACGAAAUAUCCAGCCACGCGCCUUUGCGAAGAACCCUCACCUGCGCUACAUAGACCUCUCUGGUAACCGGCUCACCACCCUGUCGUGGCAACUCUUCCAGACGCUGCGGCUCUUUGACCUGAGAUUAGAGAGGAACCCUUUUAACUGCAGCUGUGACAUCCGCUGGAUCCAGCUCUGGCAGGAGAAGGGCGAGGCCAACCUGCAGUCCCAGCAACUGCACUGCAUGAACUUGGACACGGCUGUCAUCCUUUUGCGGAACAUGAACAUCACCCAGUGUGACCUCCCUGAGAUCAGUGUAAGCCAUGUGAACCUGACGGUGCGGGAAGGGGAGAAUGCUGUCAUCACCUGCAAUGGCUCAGGAUCACCACUGCCCGACGUCGACUGGACGGUGGCAGAUCUGCAUUCUAUCAACACACACCAGACCAACCUCAACUGGACCAACGUUCAUGCCAUCAACCUGACCUUGGUGAAUGUCACCAGUGAGGACAAUGGGUUCCUGCUUACCUGCAUCGCUGAGAACGUGGUGGGGAUGAGCAAUGCCAGCGUUCUGCUCACUGUCUACUAUCCCCCUCGCAUCCUAACUCUGGAGGAGCCGGUGCUGCACCUGGAGCACUGUAUUGCCUUUGCAGUGCAUGGGAAUCCAGCUCCUACCCUUCACUGGCUGCACAAUGGCCAGGUCCUCCGGGAGACAGAGAUUAUCCACAUGGAGUUCUACCAACAAGGGGAAGUGUCUGAGGGUUGCCUUCUCUUCAACAAACCUACUCACUACAACAACGGCAACUACACGAUUGUGGCCACCAACCAGCUGGGGUCAGCCAACCAGACCAUCAAAGGACACUUCCUUGAGAAGCCCUUUCCAGAGAGUACAGACAACUUUGUCUCAAUCGGUGACUAUGAAGUGAGUCCCACCCCACCAAUCACUGUGACCCACAAACCAGAGGAGGACACAUUUGGGGUUUCCAUAGCGGUUGGGCUAGCAGCUUUUGCUUGUGUCCUCUUGGUGGUCCUCUUUAUUAUGAUCAACAAGUAUGGCCGACGGUCCAAGUUUGGGAUGAAAGGUCCCGUGGCAGUGAUCAGCGGAGAGGAGGAUUCUGCCAGCCCACUCCACCACAUCAACCACGGCAUCACGACGCCUUCGUCACUGGAUGCUGGCCCGGAUACGGUGGUGAUCGGCAUGACCCGCAUCCCCGUCAUCGAGAACCCCCAGUACUUCCGACAAGGUCACAACUGCCACAAGCCAGACACGUAUGUCCAGCAUAUUAAGAGAAGAGACAUCGUUUUGAAGAGGGAGCUGGGAGAAGGUGCCUUUGGGAAGGUGUUCUUGGCCGAGUGUUACAACCUCAGCCCCACCAAUGACAAAAUGCUGGUGGCAGUGAAGGCGCUGAAAGACCCCACCUUGGCAGCCCGCAAGGAUUUCCAGAGGGAGGCAGAGCUGCUCACCAACCUGCAGCAUGAGCACAUCGUCAAGUUCUAUGGUGUGUGUGGUGAUGGUGACCCGCUCAUCAUGGUCUUCGAGUACAUGAAGCAUGGGGACCUGAACAAGUUCCUGAGGGCACAUGGCCCAGAUGCUAUGAUCCUCGUGGAUGGGCAGCCUCGACAAGCCAAAGGGGAGCUAGGGCUAUCCCAGAUGCUCCACAUCGCUAGCCAGAUCGCCUCUGGAAUGGUGUACCUUGCCUCCCAGCACUUUGUCCAUAGAGACCUGGCCACCAGGAACUGCUUGGUCGGAGCCAACCUGCUGGUGAAGAUUGGAGACUUUGGGAUGUCAAGAGAUGUCUACAGCACUGAUUACUACAGGGUUGGAGGACACACCAUGCUGCCUAUCCGCUGGAUGCCUCCGGAGAGCAUCAUGUACAGGAAGUUCACAACGGAGAGCGACGUCUGGAGCUUCGGGGUGAUCCUCUGGGAGAUCUUCACCUAUGGGAAGCAGCCGUGGUUUCAGCUCUCAAACACAGAGGUCAUUGAGUGCAUUACCCAAGGCCGAGUUCUGGAAAGACCUCGAGUCUGCCCCAAGGAGGUUUACGACAUCAUGUUGGGCUGCUGGCAGAGAGAACCUCAGCAACGGCUCAACAUCAAGGAGAUCUACAAGAUCCUCCAUGCUCUGGGCAAGGCCACACCAAUCUACCUGGACAUCCUUGGCUAGCAGUGGCCACUUGUCAAAAGUCCCCAAUCCUUCCUUCCGUCCUUCCUUCCCUCCCCCCCUCCCAAGUCCUUUGCCCCUCAGCUCCCAAACAAACAUCUUCAUAUAAACUCAAGUGCCUGCUACACAUACAACACUGAAAACAAAACGAAACUAAAAGCAAACCAACAAAAUUCCCACAAAACGACGACCUGUAAGGCAGUUUGGCUUAUAUAUAUUUAUAGAUAUCUCUCUAUAUAUAACUUCCACACCAAUACAGAAAGACGCUGCUGUUACAGAAAAAUUAUAAGACUUUAAAAAAAAAAAAAAACCAAUAAGGGAGAAAAAAAGUACUUAAAUAUAUAUAUAAUUAAAAAAAAAAAAAAAAGGAAAGAAAGAAAGGAGAAGGUAUCUUUCCCCCGAGCAAUGAAGCAGUGGGUUGUCAUCCUGCUGUGAGUACGGCUCGGGCUGCUGGGCAGGGCUCGAGUCUGGCUACGGCAGCAAUGUUAGCUUGAAUAGGUGCUCUGGGAGGAAAGCCCUGCCCUGGUUGUAUGAUAUGCACUGAAUGUGUAAAAUCAGUCCUCCCUUCUUGUCCUUGCCUCCCUUCCUUCUUCCCAGCCCACAGGUGAUGGGCACAAAGACAGGGCAGUGCCCCUGGAUGAAUUCUCUUUUACCAAACCUUUUCUUCCCCCUCCAUCCUUCCCGGUCCCUCUCUGCCUUUUUCUUCCCUUUGACAUUUCAGGACAAUUUUUCUAAUUUGCUGAUUCUUAACUGUAUAGACUCAAGGCUUUCAAACACACAGUCAAAGGAUUGUGGCACCUACGGGUAUAACACACACCGGGAACCAGCUGCCCUCCCGCAGCCAGCGCGUCGGAUGGGCCCAGCCCUCCCUCCUCCCUCUACAGUGGAACUGAAAGAACCCCCCCGGCUGUGGGGGGUCCUGGAGACCCAUUCCUGAUUCAUCCCAACCCAUUGUGGCGUGCGAGACAGGAGUGCCGUUCGUCUCAGUGCCCAGUGGAGGUGGCGACGUUGGGAGGAACCCCUCCAUCCCCCAUCACUGCCUUUUCUCCCCACCCUUCGUUUUUGUUGGGGCCAUGGGAUUGUUACCAAUCCACAGCCAAAUUAGUGCAAACCCUCAGCAGAUAGGGUUGCAUCCCCUGUUCUCUGUUUGGGGGAAGGCUGCAGCAUGCAGCUGCAAGUGUGCCUGCAUCACAGCUGGGCACGCCUUUGGGGUCAGCAUAUUCUAGUGCCCUCCCUCCUCAUCCUCUUCCCUUCCCCAUCCCUGCCCCAUGCCUCAGUCCAAGCCUUAGGCACAAGGCAGUGUGUGGCCAGGGAAGCGGACAAGGCUUGCGAGAUGGCUGGGAACCUCCCAACACCUGCCUGCAGACCCCUUGCCAUUCUCCUCACGUCCCCAUCCCCUGAAAGGAUUGAUGCAUCUGCCUUUGAGCUGUUGUGAAAUGCAGAGGCUGAAGAAUAGCUCCACAGGCAGCCCCGGGAGGAGGAGGGGAAUGAGGGGAAGGUGCCUCCAGGAGCAGACAGCUCAGCGGAUGGCUGCAGCAGCCAGCCUUGCAUCUCAAUGAGGAUAAAGGGCUGACAGGCAGCGACAGGGGGUGCUGGGGACAGCCAAGGAGAGGCUGAAGCAUCCUCCCUAAAACCCAUCUCCCUCACGCAGGAGAUUAUCCUGACCUGGGGAAAGACUGAGUCAGAAAUGAAUCCUGCCCAUCCACACCAGGCUGAGAAAACAAAACCUUCCCUGGGUUGUUUUUUUCCUCCAGAUAGCGGAGGGUGAGGGGGAACCUCAGCCUGGCAGAUGCUCUCAGGAGGCAGUGAGCAGGCGCCACAGGCACCGUCAAGGCAAUUGUAAAGGCGACAAUCGCCAGCACAAAAAUAACCUGCUCGGAUGCGGUUCUUGUCUGGAAGGGAAUGCAGACAGGGGAAGAGGCGAUGGAGAUGGGAUCUCGACUCCUUCCCCAUGGCCAGAGCAGUGUUCUAGGCCAGGAUGCAAGAGGAGAUGCGUAAGUCUGAGACCUUACUACAGCUGGCUACUGGAAGGGAUGAUUUUGCAUCCCCUCCUCAACCUCUCUGUCUCUUGCCAAUCUCUACCUCCCACCCCUGGCUCUCGCAUGACCUGGCUUAAGGUGUCAAGUGGGGCAGGGGACGCUGCUACAAGGUUUGUGGUGGCUGUGGGUUUAGACUGUGCUUGUGCAAGCUCAGAGUGAGAGAGGAUGGGUGGCAGUAAAAACGUGCAACCUCCCCCUUUCUGGUUAGAUCACAGACAGAGAGCCAGUCUCAUGCAGCAGAGGCUAGACAGACUGCCACUGGGCAGACACCAGCAGCUCACAGCAUGGGCACCAAAGGUGGCAUGGUCAGGGUCAGGGUGUGAAAUGGCAGUCCACACACACAAACAAGGUGCCGUGCUACUCCUCCAUAGCAAGUGGAGUCAGCAUAUUCUAGUUGGGAGAGGAUAUACUCCCUCUCUGUUGGGAGAGGAUAUCUAGUUUUCCUCAUUUACAACUUAGGCUCAUCUUUGAAGUGAGAAAGAUUGGUCGAAAAGUUGCUAGACCUGCAGUGGCUCUUUCUGCGUGUAGGCUGCUUUGGCUAAAAGGACUGGAGACUGUAUCCAGGGAGAACACGUGAUGGUGGUACCAGUCCAGUGCCUCCAAAAGAAAACUCUUCUCUGGGGCUGCCUGUCCCGUAUCCCACAUGGUCUCUUGCUCUUGUGGCUCUCAGGCACAGUGCCAGAUUGUGCAAAGCCACUGUUUUGUCCACCCUCCUCUCUUGCUCUUAUGCUCUCAUUUCUCUUUCAGCCAAUUUCGCUGGCCUUUAAACAGGCAGAUUACCUACAGUCACUGUGUUUCCAUAGUCAAUGCUAUUCCCUUAUAACUGUUCUGCACAACAGCUAUAUCCUCCUUUCCCUCCUCCUUUCCUCCUUGUGUCCUCCUCAACACCACUACGCGUCCCUUUGCCAGCUCUUUGUACUGUCCUGACAGCGAGGUGAGCUCAGGAGCCGAGCAUCACACCUGGACUUGGUGCAACGUGGUUAGGAAUAAAUGGUCAAUGAGAGGCAAGGAGAUGGGCCCCCAGAAGAUGUGAAGUGGCUCAGGCUGUCUGUCUGCUUUACCGUUAGCCCCACCAAGUGCAGUGACUGCUUUGACAAAAGGUCCUUUUGUCAAAGCUCAUCGGGAACAAUUGCUCAGAAGAGCAAGAUAAGAUGCACUGCAGUGCUGGCUCCCAGCAGCUGCUGCUUUAUGCCCGGUGGCCUGGUGCUGCUGGAUGGAGGUUUGUUGGUGGGGAGGGAGGGAAGGCUCGUUUUUGUUUAGGAGACAUGACUGAAACUGCUGCAUACCUUUUUGGUCUGACACUUUUGGAUGGGAAGAGGGCAAGCGUCUGUGCUGAGUUCCUGCUGAACCCCGAGACCUCAUUUCAAGCACCUUCCCUGGAGCAAAAGCAGAGCUGCCCAUCAGCGUGGAUGACAGUACCUUCCCUGCAGGGAAAGGGGCUCCUGUGGGGGUUCUGCCACUGCUCCACUGCAAACGGAGUGAGGAAGAAGAGCAGGUUUGGAGGGAAACCCUCACAGAAUGCCUCAAAUCUAAGUGUGGGAAGUGUAUGGAGACAAAGAGAAAUGAGUUCACGAUCUUUCUCCGUUUUCAAGAGAGAUACUUCCUACACCCCCGUCUGCCACGAGGGGAGAGCUAUCUCUGCUGCCUGGUAACACCAGCAGGUCUCACCCAGGUCCAGGGCAAACCAGACCUUAUUGCCAGUGACUUUCUAGAGGGGGUUGUUGAAAAGAAGAUGGGAGCAGUGCUGGUUUGGGCACUGCUGAGAAGGGGCCACGGAGUCUUCCCCAUCCCAGCAGCAUCCUGCUUUCAAGCACCAACUCCGUCACCUACGGGUGUCACUGACACGAUGCCUUCUUGGUGGUUAAGGUGCUAUCAGUGCAUGGUACAGAUGGCAAUCUCAUGCCAGGGCUGCAAACUGUGGGCAGUGAAUGUUUCUCCAGUCAUAGGGGCUCAUCUGUGACCUGUCUCGCUUCUUUCUUCCAAACAGUUUUCCUUCCACCAUAGUCUUGUCAGGUUGCAAGACAAAAGCUAAAGCAUAGCUAAGGGAAGACACGCAACGAUCUGCCAGACUAGAAGCCCACCCUGUCUCCCACAAAACUUACCAUUUGGUCCUUCCAAAUGUCCCUUGAUGCAUACGUUCUGGGGGCAGAAAAGAGCCUGCAUUGCCUCAUCUCAGGCCUGUGCCUGUGUCCAUGGGAUGCUGAAUUGCAGACAGGUGGCUCUGGGAACAUGUGCUGCACAGACAAACACAAGAAAUGUGGAAUGCCUUUAGAGAGGCUGCUUGUUGAGAGACAUCAUUAGCUUCGAGCUGUCUGCUCGUCCCCCGGAGUGGGUGGAACAAGGUGAGAAAAUAUGUGGGGAAAUAAAAAAGCCAAGGGAAGGGAAGGGCUGGUUGUCGAAGGCGAGUAUCUUGGGCUGGGAAAUUGAGACUUGUUUCAGGAGUGUGGCAUAGAAUUUUAAGUAGCACAGUGGAUACAAGCGAAGAAAAGCAAAAGAAAACAGCAACAUGCUAGAGCACCAGGAAGAGCUAGCUGUAACACUGGGCAAUGCUGGUUAAAAAAGGAGACAGAAGCCACUAAAAGCAAGGGACCGUUUACCCAGGCAGAAAACAAAACAGCCAAGGUUUAUGCUUGUUUAUGAUUAUUUUCUUUUUUCAGUACCUAAAUACAACUGUAAAAUGGCAUUAUGAAGUUAUUACCAGGAACAUGGUACUACAUGAGCUGGUUUCUUUCAUGUGAAAGGCUCUUCCUAGAAAUCAAGUGCAUGAGGUUCCAAAUUCCAGCUAUGGUUCAAAGAAUGCAGACUUGGGUCACUGCAAGCCUACAAAGCCAUAGGUAGUUCUGAACAUGUGAUCAUCAGACAUUCAUGUGCAAGUCUGAAUGGAGACAGUGAUCUGUUUAGCAGUGUGCUCUUAAAAAGUUUUAUUGAAUCGGGCUCCAUUUUUUUCCCCAUAAAAUGUCUACAUUCUUUGCCCCACUGUGACUUCAAGACGGUGAUGUAAAGGUGUAGCAGAAAUGCUAAUUCACAGUUUGAAACAGUGAUUGAGCACCUGGUGGGGAGGCAGGACCAACCCAGGGGAGCUCAGGUGCAUGCAAUGAAAUGCAUCUGAGUGAUUGGAAAGGGUGGAGCCAGGAUCCACCCCUUCCCAGACCUCAUUUAAGGGCUGGCAGUGGAGGUGAGGGUAUCUCACUGGAUAUCCCUGCCUACUGGAAAUCUUCCAAAGGUAAGCAGGUUUUUUUUUCUUUCUCUUUUGUUUCUGUGUUCACAGCUGCUACAUUUGGGCUCGUUCUAAUUUGCUGCAGCCUAGGAUUGUGCCACCUUACUAUUUUUGCUGUACUUCCAUCACGUUAUAGCUUUGACUUACAAAAGGUAAAGCAGAUAGCUAAGUAUUUGGUGAAUUAUGUCUAUCUGUUGAUAGAACAAGGGGAAGCUGUUUCAAUCAAAAAGAGAAGAGAUUUCAAUUGCAUAAAAGAAAAGUAGUUUUCUUAUGGUAAAGAUAGUGAGGUAGUGGCACAGGUUGCCCAGAGAGGUGGUGGGUACCCCAUCCUUAGAGAUGCUCCAGGUCAGGCUGAUGGAGCUCUGAGCACCUGAUCAGCUGUAGGUGUUCCUGUUCAGUAUGGGGGAGUUGGAUCAGGUGGUCUUCAUGGGUCGUCUCUUCCCAGUUCUAUUCUAUGACCCAGCCAGGAAUCAGAUAAGCUAGUAAAGCUAUAGCUCACACUGUGUGUUUCUGCAACAGCUGUAGGUGUGGUCUCUUGUAAAGCAAUGGUGAGCAUAAACAAGCUGCAUAAAUGGGCUGCUGGCUGUGAUGCCAUGGUACAGUGGCUCCUAUGAUAGUUCGAAGUUGAGUACACCAACAGGGCUCCUCUGUGACAGUCAGGCACAAGCGUACUUAAGCAAAUCCCAGAAUGGUUGUUCUCUAUUCGAAUGCAGUGGCUUUCUGAUGGAAAAGAAUAUUGCCCUGGAACUUUGGCAUAGAAUGCAGCUAGUCUCCAAAAAUAGACAACUCCAGUCUCUGCUUUCCAGGAAUGGUCAAACUUGCUCAACUCUAAGGAGCCCCUCCUAGACUCUUGUGUUGGUACGCAUUUAAGGUUUAUUUAAGCAGCUGUGAAGUCCCCCAAAAUGGGAAUGUCUCCUGUUUUUCCUUUGCCAUUCUCAUUGCAUGCAGGAGUUUCAAGCCUGGUGAACGUAGGAAUCUUCAAACAUUCAUUCAGACUGGUAGUGUCACGAGUGACACAGGCUGUCAGUUGCUGUUCCAAGAGGAAAGCAGGAGCAUUCGGUCUCUUCUAUAUCUUUUAUUCCCUGCUUUACUUACUGCUUUUUUUCCUUCCCCUCUUUCUGGGGCUGAACUAACUGAGCUGAUAAGUUGCUUUCAUCUCAAUGUCUUUAACUUCUCACAAACCCAAUCUGAGAGGUCUUCUCACAUGGAAGGAAUAAGCAGUGUCUCCUCUUUCUUCUGCGAACCCCACAAUAUUAGCAUCUCUCCUAAGAGAAAGGAGGCACAACAACUCUAACCAUUGCUUCCUCAUGCCAUCAGGAAUCCUCUGUGGGAACUGAUCUCCUGCCCAGCACAAGUGACUGAUCCUACAGCUAAAACCUUCAGCAGUUGUUCAGUCGGGGUGUUUAACUGCAGAACUACUGGUUUCUUAGGACAAGGUCCCAGCAGGGAAGGACUGAAAUACCUCUAAAGAAAAAUCACAGCUCUGGGAGGCCCAGAUAUUUUUUUUUGCAUGCUUUCUCUCUCGGCUGGUUUCCAACCUCUGCAAUCUAUGCUGCUUGAUAUUUAGAUAGCUGAGUUGCUGCAUUCACUCCCUUCUGAGUACAGAGGGCUGGUGGAGCUGUUUGAUUUUGAAGUGGAAGGCAAGAUAAUGCUUCUCCCCCCUGCCCUCUCCUCUUUCUCCCUGUGCAGCUCCUGUCCUUGCAGUUCUCAGGACCUGACUAGCAGUUUUUAAAUGAAGCGAAAGUCUUAAUGUGAGGUGAAUCCUGAGACCACAAACAGUCUGGACUUCAAACAGUGAGAAAAUUGGCGCCGAAUGAUUCCGCACACAAAGCAGAAAACUUUCAUUUCCUGCAGGCAGGAUGGAAUUGACUGUUAUAUUAAGACUUCAGAAGGAGCACUGCCCCGGAGUAAUUUCACUGCUGUCAGGCAAUGUUGACAUCUAGAUUAACCUCUGUGCAGUGAAUUUUACAGCAAAGCUCAUUGUAAUGCAUGUGGGGUAUCUCCUGUAAAUCCCAGCUGAAGCCCACAGUGUCCCACCCUUCUGCACACGAGAAGGGGUUGGGGAGCAGCCGCUAUCAUUUUUGACCCCAGCAGAGCGUGACUCUAACCUCAUCCAGGCCACUUCUGCUGAAGCUGAUUUCCUACCCUGCCACAGUGACAGAGCUUCCAGACAGUACUUUUUUUAAUUCCCCGAAGAGGCUUACAUCACAAAGCUGACUUUUUUUCUUUUCUCAGUGACAAACAGCUCCCUUCACACAUCCACCCAACAACACAGACCUAAUUAAAAAGCACUAGUUAACCAGUGGCAAUUAGCUGCUUGCACUGAUUAACUCCAAAACAUGCAAUCCCUGCAGUGCAGUGAUCAGACCUGAAUGGCAGAUAAAAUCCCAGCUGUUGAGAGACUAUGGCAUCCAACCCUACUUACCAGCCCACAGGUGCAUUAGUAGCUCUGCCUACCACACCAGAAUUGCAUGAAUUAAAGAAGUGCACAGUGCAAGUCAGAGGACAUGGCAGAGGAAUCUCCUGACUCCUGAACUCAGUGCUCAUGUUGUUAAGAUGGAAGGUUAGGCCAGAACCAAGCUCUUUUGUCCUUUAGUGUAAGAGCAGGCCAAGCAGCAAGAGUUCCCAGGUAGGAGCAUCACAGCUUCUUUGCUUUUUUACUUGUGAAGACAGUCUUUUCUGUGGUAAACCUCUGAGCUCUACCAUUUCAUGGAAAGACAAACAAACCACUAACAUCUAAAAAAACUGGAAGGGGAAGGGAAGGAAGUUAUUUGUUUGCUAUAGCUGCACCUUCUCCUUCAUACCCUUAUUUUCAAACUCCUUUGCUCAAACUCCAGAUUGUUCUGCAGUCUCAUGCAGAAAGUUCUAGACAAGACACAGGCUAUCAGGUACAGAAUAGGUUAGUCACUAACCCUAAGGGCAAAAUCCCACUAGUAGUUCUAGGAACAUCAGAGCAACCCAUCCUUUCACCAAUAGGUUUUUUUUUCACGUGUUUGUCAGAGUCUUUGGGUAGCUUCUGAAGAGGUGACAUGCCUGUAGUUCAUCUCAUCUUCAAAUGGAGUUGUGUGCCCCUGGCAUUUCUGAAAUCAGUCCCAUCAGGAAGAUUUCUUCAAACUAACAUUUACUAUUCCCAAUCAGAAUACAGCUGAAAAGGCUAUCCAAGGUUAUAAAGAAGGUCAAGCUGUUGCUUUGGACUGAGGAAGGGAUUUGAUGGACCAAUUUAACCGCCACAGCACAUCAAAACCUGGUGGCUUCAUUUAAAAAGUAAUGAGUAUUGUAUUUCGCUUUAGACAUCCGUGCAUUAGUGUUCUGCAAAUAUGAUUUCCUCUUUGUUUGCAUUAUUGAUGCCAUAAAAUGUCAGACACAUUAAAGGAAAAAAAAAAAGAGGCCAACCUUUGGGGUUUGGAAUGAUUCUGGUUGAAUUGCAGUUGGGUUACUUUCCCUUUUAUUUCCCAUGGUAGUGAUGCACUCUUACUCAUUCUGCUAUUGCUUUACAAAGAGUUCUCUGUAAGUGUAUUUAUUCAGCCGACCAUAUUUCAGGAAAUGCAUAACCUUGAUAUUUUUUUCUUGCUUUAUGUGGAAAUAUGUGUAUGCGUGUGUUGGGGGGGGGGGAGAGGAGGGGUAGGGUGUGGGGAAGUGGGAGGGUGGGGAUCUUUCAAGAGCCUUCAGAUGCUUGGUAGUAAGUUGUUUCUCUGCAAUGCUGUCUGACACCCUUCUGCUCAAGUGGUUGGAUUGAUUUCAUCUGAAGAACUGACUUUUGUGAUCAUGAUUUGAGGCCUUCUGGUUUUGCUCUGCCCAGAAUCUUAGUCGUUUGCUUUCACCAUUCAGCAGCCAUCUGCUGUCCACAGUGGUGCCUAGAUGUCUACACCACACAGAUUACAGAGUACUUGAGUCUCAGGCAUGUGACAGAGGAGUUUUAGCUCCUUCAAGUCCUUGACCAAUGGCAAGCUUGCCGAUUUAGUUUGGUUCCUAGAGUCCUCUUCACUUGAGGCUCCCUAACUACUGUUCCCAAGGCAAAUACUAUUAUCUGCUAAGUGUUUUUUCUCCCAGACUAUUAAAGACCGCAGGCUUUAGUAGCCACAUAGCUUCUAUGUUAGCAGUCUAUAACAAAUGCUGAUCUAUUGUUCAAUAUUCCUGUAAUCUUUUUGGAAGAAAAUUCUCUCUUAAAGUAAGAGAAAAACACCCUCCCAAUUUUUACACUUUUUUGUUUGUUUGUUUCUUACCUUUUCAAAGUAUUUUGACAGGCUAGAGGGAAAACUUGUCUGUCAGUCUGUCCUCUUAACUUGUUUCUGCUUUGGUGCAUUCACCAGGGAGCUCAAACACACGGUUUGUGUGGUUUCCCACCAGCUUAGCUAGCAUGAGAAUUAAAGCAUCUCUGUCUUGACAGUAAAAGUGGAAUGGGGUGGAAUUUUCUCCCCUUUGAAGCAAUUUUCAUCAUUGGUAAGAUUUCUCUUGAGCGUUUCAUUACAGUGAUGACAAGACUUGAGAGCAGGUUGAGAAGGAUGCAAUGAAGGAAUUUAAGGAAGGGACUCAACUAGGAGCUGGGCUUCAAGGUUAGCUGUUCACCAGCUAAGCCCUCCCUUGCUUCAUAAAGCAAGAAGCCCCCACCUCUUCAUUAGCAGCUUCUUGUUUUGAUGGCCUUCAGGUGACCUCCAGAUCUUCUUAUCUCCACAGAUCUAUCUCUGGAGUAUUCAAACAGCCCAAAGAACAGACAGUAAGGUCUGAACGGGCAUUUAAUUCAGUGUCCUUUUACUCCUUUUUCAAAGGGGCAAAGAUGGUGAAAGUGCCAAAACAGGAGAAGUAAAAGCAGUGCAAUUUCUUUUUUAAACAGAAAUAUUUAAGAUGCCAUGAAGCAGUACCUAUAAAUAUGCCUUGAAAUGUUGAAUGAGUGCAAGAAGUCUAUUUGAUUUUGUUUUUAUGCCUGUAAUUUCUCUCUCCAAGAAUUCAGCUGUUACUCAGCCCCCAGCGGGUUGUUCUGAUUGCUGGAGAGAUGGUGGGGAUUGAUUCUGGCUGGGAUCUGUUUGAGUCUAGACUCAUUCUCAUGUAGCUAGAUUGAGACAAUAGAAAUAAUCAGCAAGGGACUGAAUUGUUGUUCCUGUGUAACUAAACCUUCUUGUGCAACAGCAAGCUAAAUUCUGAAGGAUUUGAACACCCAUAACUUUGUCUGAAGUCAGUGAAAGCUGCGGAUACUGAAGAUUGCUGAGAUGUUAGGAAGAGAACAGUGGGAGAGAGAAGCAAAAUUCUAAAAGGGAAAAGAAAAAAGAAAAAACGCACAACGCUGUAUAUAAAAAGAGAUUAGUUGGUUUAUAAUAUGAAAAUUCCACUGUUGUAAAAGAAUCAGAAGAGAAACAGAAUCCUAUCAGCAAAGAAAAUUGACCAUGAAGACAGGAGCAGACCUCUAUCCUACAAACUUCCCCUCGCUUUUAACGAUGUCCUUUGUCUCUUUCUGCUAAUAUAGGACAAAUCUUGUCUUACAGCUUUCAAGAAAUCUGAAAUUAAUGUAAAAGUCAUGUCUGGGUAAGGAAGUGAGAGAUCAAACCCGGUAGGAUGAUGCAACAGCUGCGCAGCCCAGCAUCUGUUCAGUAACAAAUGUUUUUUUAUUGCACUUUGGUUUUGUUUUUUUUUUUUUAAGCCCUUGUUUGAGGUUCAAGUAUUGUUCACAACAACAGCAAACUACUUCAAUCCUCAAGAAUAACAAAAACGACCCUAAGUAAGGGGGAGAUUGCCAUGUCUGACCAAGUGCUGGAGCUGCUUCCCUGCGCAUCAGCACCGCGGACAGAGGCCCCACCUGCUGCGCUUGCCCUCAUUGCCUUGUGCAAAAAUCGUUGGCCAAUAUCUCUUUUCAAGUGACGGAAGUGGGAUGGUUAAAAACUUAUAACAGCUAAUCUAAGAGAACAAUAAUUCCCAGAGUUAAACCCUCUAACCCAUUUUUUUUUCCCACAUUAUUUUUCCACCUAUGAAGUCGACGUCUCUUAGCUGGAGUGUGAAACGUUAUCUUCUAGUCUAUUGGGACAGCCUGGCAUAUGGAGAGUGACUGUACUGUUAGGAGUGCAGAAAUUGAGCAUUUAUUUUAGUGGCAGGAUCAUGUGAUUUUUCUUUGCCUAUCAGCUAAAUUUACUGUUUCUAAAGCACAGGGAGACAAAUUUAUUGGAAAAUUCAAAGCAAGGGGCAUAAAAAAAAUACUGUGGACCCUGGAAAUCAUUUCAAGAUCAAUCUAUAAAAAAAAGUUGCAUUACUAUGUAAUGAAGAACUGUCAGAAAAGAGUCAGCUGAAGAUGAAAAGCCAUGUACAAAAGAGUAAGCAUCAACAGCCAAGGCUCUGUAUGGAAGUGCAGUCAUAUCUCGCAUUUAAAAAAAAAAAAAAAGAAAAGGUUCUUCAGUAUUCAGAUUUCUCAGCUGGCAUUCUUGGGAUUUCAUCUGUUUCUUACAGAUCAUAUUGUAGAGGAUGAGACUUAAAUUUAGGGCUGAACAUCUCCCGAGCCUCAUCAUCUUCACGAGAAUUUAUUUUAAAGGGCCAUGAAGGUCCAUUCUAUCCCUAAAAAACAUACACUGAUAAAGACAGGACAGAAGGGUGCGGGGAGGUAUUCCUCCCUCCCUAACAUAUACAUCUUCCUGUUACCAGUUUCCUCUGUACUCCUUCCUCUAUGCACUCCCCUGCAGUGAUUGGCAGUCAUGACUACAGGACAUCCAGACUGAGACAUGACUGAGACACAGUGCCUCAGAACUUGGGAGUAGCAAUAUCGAAAACAGUGAAUUGUGGUCAGAUGUCUGAUGCUUAUGGCCAUCCAGAAGUCAGGGGACUGUAGAAGAUGAUUUAAUAAUGAGCUCAGAGAGCUAAUGGUGGUGAAGGAAGGGAGCAAGGAAGUCUGCUGGAAUGCAUGGAAAGGAAGGAAAUGGUCCAGGAUUUGACUCUCAGUGAGAGGUCAGAAAAUAAUAGUGUAUUAAAAGUCAGAGGUGGAGGGGGAGCUGAGGCAGAAGAGAUGAGGGAUGGCUGUGAGGAAGCAGUCACUGCAAAGUGAUGCAUGUUCACCUGAAGGGGUCCUGAAGACUUGGAGAAACUUUUCUGGGCUUCUCUCAGACCCGUCUUCUCUGCAAGUUACUACCAUUUUCACUGUUUAUUCUUCUGACAGCUUUUCUCUCAGCAUAAACAGGCUGUCUUGUCUUGGUGCCGCCUCUCCCCCCCUAUCACUGCCCCUGCUCAGCCCCCACACUCUGCCAAUUCCCUGUGUGACAGCAAAUUGCCUUUUCUUCUUCUUCCUUUUUUUUUUUUUUUUAAACAAAAGUGUCCUUUGAAUUUUCAGCUAAACUGGGAGGCAAUUUCUUGCAUGAGAGCUUUGUAUAGAUAGGCUUAUAGCUGAACAAAAAUAAAUAAGUAAAUACACUAGAUAACCUCUCCCCUGCCCACCUUGUCUUAACAAAGUGCUACUUUCCACACAUUGUUUCAGUAGAAAUUAAGGAUUUUUGAACAGGCAAACUGACAAUGAUUCAGCCUUCAGCAAGCACUACUGCUCCCUCUGUCCCUUCUGUCAAGCAGGAAGAAGGCAAAGUUUUCUCAGGUAGAGGUUAAGGACGCAUGUAACCUUCCUGGGCAAAGACUGUAUGGGGUCUUAAAGCCAUGUUUUGAAAUAGUGCAGUGUGCCUCCUGUGAUUUAUGUGUGACAGCUGUGUUUGGUGCAAUGUUGUCAUCCAUCCAUGGUUUGCGAGUCUGUAUCAUGACUGAGGCAGAGAAACCACUGUGGUUGCCCAUGCUGGCACUCUUGGCACAAGCAGAAACACCACCCUCCAGAACAUUACAACCAGGGCAGUGCUCCUACACUCAGCUCAACACUUGAGCCUUAUCGGCAGGCUUGUCCCCAGAAGGUGCUGACACACAGUUCACUCUGGCAGAAGUGUGGCUAUUAGAGGUGGAUGGGGCUAGAUCUCAGAGGAAAGACAUUUUGAUAGAGAUUUUGCUGUUACUAUUAUUUAAACCAGCUUAUUUUAAUCUCUGUUAAUAUUACUGCAGAAAACAAAUCCUCUGGUGAUGCUUGCUGAAUUGAUUUUUUUUUUUUUAUUUUUUUUUAACCCCAUGCACUAAUCCAUGUGUUUGCUUAGUUUGGGGUUUCCAUCUUUCAAUUUCUAUUUGCCAUCUUGCAACUGAAUUGCUGGUUCUAUUCACUCUUCUCCCAGCUGGAAACAAUUCAGGAUAUCCCUGUAGGGAGUGCCCAGCAAGAGCACCAUGGCUGCUAUCUCUGCCUGCCCAACCCACCUCCACUCACAGAAUGAGGUAGCCUGAUCUGGGUAUUGGCCAAGGUAGGGUCCCUGCUUCUCCUCUACCUGCCACCUUGUAUGGAUCGAGCACACUGCUGCCGUGGAAGGGGAUGACUGAUACAGCGCUAGUCCAACUUACAAAAAGACUUUUUAAAUUAAAGAUUUGCAGUGAGGUCGAGGGACCUUGUAAAGUGCUGAGGUAUUUACCUUCUCCUGGACCUUCCCUUCUUUCCUGCCCUUCGUUGUCCCUAAUCCUCUCCCCAGCCUUGAAAUGAAACAGAAAAUUAUUUUUUUAAAACUGUGUUAAUAUGUUAUGUUUAGUAUAAACGAUGAUUUAAUGGCAUCACCAAAGGUCAUUUUUUUUCAUCACCACAUUACCACCCCAGCCCUUGACGCCAUAUGCCCUCUUCUCCCGCUGAUACUACUGGCCCUCCCUGCCAUUCACCUCGAGCAUUCCCCAACCCCUCCCUGCCCCCACCACAGCAUAUCACACCCAGAGAUGUGCGUCAGGUUCAGCCAAUGACCACUGGAGAACAGAUUUCCCACCAAACCACCACAAACUGGAACCAUUUCCACUUUCAAACUAACCGGUUGCUGCAACUGAAAAGCAGACUCACUUCUUAUGUCAUUUUUUUUUAAAGCCUUUUAUACCUAUUUACAUGUGUGUGCACCCUGUGUACACAGGGGUAUCUGUGCAUACAGAUGCACAUGAAUCUCUCUCUCAAAUAUGAAUAUAUUGUAUGUUAGAGCUGUAAAUAUCCCUUGGUCAUGUGUCUGUGUCUUCUUCAAAAUAUCAUAUCUCCGCCGUGUUACGUUAACAACUCCACUUACUGAUCGAUGAAACUGUGUGUAGACCUGUACCCUCCUGACAUAGUUUAUGUAGCUAUCUCUUCUCAAAUAAAGUACAAAACUACUACAA